CCUCAACGACCUUUUUAUACCCACCAUGUCGACCGCUCCCGAACCCCAGAUUCAAGACCUUCUCAACAAGCCGAAGAGCGAGCUCACGGAAUAUGAGGUCGCUCUCGUCGAGGAGCACGAGCUCACCGCCGGUCCCCUGUCUCUCCUGCAGACCGCCACCCGCACACACACCCAGGUCCUGAUUUCCUGCCGAAACAACCGCAAGCUGUUGGCCCGCGUCAAGGCCUUUGACCGACACUGCAACAUGGUCCUCGAGAAUGUCAAGGAGAUGUGGACCGAGAAGCCCAAGGGUGCCAAGGGCAAGGGAGUGAACAAGGACCGUUUCAUCAGCAAGAUGUUCCUUCGCGGCGAUUCCGUCAUCCUCGUCCUGCUCAGCUGAGCGUCUCGCCAUACUUUCUCUCGCACACUUCGAUCUCCACGUUGACAUGAUCUUGGUAUCUUCGAUCUACGGGAUGGUCGAUAUCCUGCUAUUUGCACAGCAUCUCGAACCCACGAACAUUUUCAGUGGGCGAGUUAUCAAGUAAUCGAUCUCGAUACCCUUUUUUCUUUCCUUUUCCCCUCACAUCCCGCUUUUCCUCCCUUGCUUCUGGUCCCCGCCAGAACACAAUUGACCGAUGCUACCACUGUCUUGAUUGGCAUGGUUACUUGUUACAAAGUAACCGUUGCAUGUAUGAGACGGUUCUGGUUGGUCUUGUCUCGUUUUUUGAUCUUCCAAACUGGGGAUGGACUAAAAAAAACCUGUUGGCGUUCAAUUCUUUGCGCGGGCUGCUAGACCCGUUGUUUUUUUUGUAGAGGGAAUCCUCGGGCGGCGUCAACCUGGAGCAGAGCUGGUUAGCAAUGAAUGUUAUAGAAAGAU